AUGAAUAAUGUUAGCGAUGAAGAAAUAGAUGAUGUUUCAGAUGAUUAUGUUGGUGAGAAGCCAAAGAAUGACGAGGAUUUUUAUAGUGCAGAUAGUGAUAUUGAAAAGUUAACUCACAAAAACGAGGAUGACAUCGAACCAAAUCCUUCACUCUCUCAAAAAGAUGAUGAAAAAAUACAAAAACAACAACAACAACAGCAACAGCAACAACAACAACAACAACAACAAAGUAAAGAUAUUAGCAUCAAUUUGGACGAAUAUCAACAAGAAACAGAUAGUGAGGAGUAUGAUUCUGAUUAUAUCGAUGAUAUGGAUUCUGACGAAUAUGAAGAAAAGUGUGAAAAUGAUAGAGAAAAAGACAAUUUAUAUGAAUUAGAAAAUGAAGAAAGAGAUGAAAAAUUUGGUAUUGAAUACAUUAAUACCAAUACUGCAAAUAAAAAUAAUAAUAAUAAUAAUAAUAACAAUAUAGUGGAAGUUUCACUAUAUGAAAGAUUACUAAAAAGAGAUUUCAAUAGAUACAAUAAAAGUGAUAUAAACACUAAAAAUAAUAUAAAUAAUAAAAAUAAUAUUAAUAAUAAUAAUAAUAAUAAUAAUAACAAUAAUAAUAAUAAUAAAAGAAAAGAUUUAUAUAUAUAUAGUAGUAGCGAUAAAGAAUUAAACAAUAAUAUAAUUAAAAGUUCUUUAUCUAAUCUCUUUUUCGAAGAAGAGUGUGAGGCUGAUAAUGAGGAAGAAGAAGAUGAAGAAGGUGAUGAUAAAGGUAUUAAACAAAGAAUUAAAAGAUAUCAAGAUAUUAAAAAUAGUAAAUUAAUAAUUAAAAGAGCAAAAAGUUUAACACAAGGUAUCAUAUUGGAUCCUAUCGAUCCAACAAUUAAAAAUAGUUUUCAACAAUAUCUAAUUCAAAGAGAAUUAAAACAAAUAAAAGUAAAAAAUAAUAAAAAUAAUAGUAAUAAUGAUAGUAAUGACGGCAGUAGUAAUAAUACAACAACAACAUCAACAACAACAACAACAACUAACGGUGAGUCAGUUGAUAAUCAAAAUGAUAAUAAAAAUAAUAAUGAUGAAAAAACUGUUACAAUAAAAGAACCAACUCCACCACCAACACCACUAAAAAAAAAGAGAAAAUCAAAAUCAAAACAAGCAGAAAUUGAAGUUGUCCCCUUUACAAGAUCAAUUUCAUCAAUACCAGACUAUCAAAAUUUUUAUAAUAAUAAUUCAAAAAAAGUUGAAACCUUAUUAAAUUGGGAUACUUUAAAUAUUAAAAAUUCAAUUACAAAUAAAAAUAAUAGUAUAAAUAUAAAUAAUAGUAAUAAUUAUAAUUAUAAUAAUAAAGGAGAAUUUUUAAAAUUUAAAAAAGAAGAAAAAGAAAUAAUAUAUUAUUAUAUGAUUUAUUAUUCAUCAAGUUUAUUAUUUUAUAGGUGUAAUGAAUUAUGGAAGAUGAUUUCAAAUCAUUUAGAUAGUAAACCAUCACCAUUAAAAAUUGGAAUUUUUAUAACAAAUAAAUUAGAAUCUAAUCAAUCUUUUAAUGAAUGGAGUUUAAAAUGUAAAAAUAAAUAUUUCAAUUUAAAUAGUAAUAGUAAUAGUAAUGGUGAUAGUAAUAGUAAUAUUCAAGAAUCAAUAGAUUUUAAAUUACCACCACAUUUACAAUAUCCAAUAUCAAAUUUAUCAUUUAAAGAUAAACAAAUUAAAAUUAUUGAAAAACAAUUAUUAGAAUUAAAUGGAAUUUAUAUGAAAUCACCAAUAACGAUUGGAACAAAAGAAUUCAAUUAUAAUAAAAAUAAUAAUAAUAACAAUGGGUCAAUUGGUAUUGAAAUUACAAAUGAUAUUAAAGAUAGUAAAAAAUAUAGAUUCGUUGCAUCAAAUGAAGAUUUAUUAAUUGAACAAAUUAAUACAGAUUUAUUAUUAGAACAAGAGAAAGAUAAUAUUAAAAAAGAAUUUAAUGAAUUUGAAGGUGGUGGUAGUAUUGUACCACAAGUAUUAUCAGGAAAAGGUUUAGAAAGUUUAUUAACAUCAAAAGAGUUUAAUCAUAUUACACCAUAUCCAACAGUUUUCAUUGAUAUGGCAGAAGCAUUAAGAGAUUGGUUAAAACCAGUAGUUCAAGAAUUAUCAUUUUUAAAACCAGUCAUUCACCAUCAACAUGCUGAUAAUGAAGAAAUCACAGUUGAACAAGUAUUAGAAUCAUUAAGAGUUACUCAAAAUUUACCAAAUGAAAAUUGGAAACCUUCAAAAAGAUAUAAAAAAUUUUAUGAUGAAAAAGAUAAAUCAACAAAUAACAAAAUUGAUGUUUCUAUAUUAUUUAAAAAUUUAAAAUAA